CAGCAGACCACUGUUAACAAAAGAGUGUCUGAGAUAAAAGAUCUACAAAAACGUCACUUUCAAGAAGAACUAAAUGGUAAAAGAACACAUUUAGCACGAAACUUAGAUCUUUUUGUCGAUGUAGACGGCCUUCUGAGGUGCCGUGGACGUAUGGCGAAUACCACUUGGAGCUAUGACAUGAAGUAUCCGAUACUACUGCCAAAAAACUCUGAGUUCACCGACAGAGUCAUCAAGGAGACCCAUGAGAGUAACUACCACGUCGGUGCUCCACACACAUUGAGUAUCAUCAGAGAACGCUAUUGGAUACCACAGGGGAAAGCCCAGGUGAUGAAAGUGUUAAAACGCUGCACCCAGUGUGUCAAACACGGAGGUGGUCCAUACCGUUUACCAGCUACGCCGGCACUACCUCCAGAACGAGUGAAUUAUAACACACCUUUCACUUAUACUGGUGUUGACUAUCUAGGACCGCUAUUUGUGAGUACCCAGACUGGCAAAGAGAAGCGAUGGAUAGCUUUAUUCACGUGUUUGACGGUAAGAGCCAUACAUCUUGAGCUUGUAAAGGAUCUUUCAGCUGAAGAAUGUCUCCUAGCCUUGCGACGGUUUAUAGCUGUGAGAAACAAGCCGCAACGGAUAUACUCAGACAAUGCGACUUGCUUCAAGUUAGUUGCUGAAAUGGUACAACAGCCAUUCUGCGUUAAGAAUGACAUCCAGUGGAAAUUCAUAUGUCAACUAGCACCGUGGCACGGUGGAUUUUAUGAGCGGCUGAUAGGCAUGGUAAAACAUUGCCUCAAAAGAACACUGGAAAAACACCUUCUUAACGAUACCAGGCUACUAACAGUGGUGAAAGAGGUGGAAAAUGUGCUUAAUUCGAGACCACUGACAAGAGUCGGCACUGAAGUGGAACAUGUUCUCUGUCCAGCAGAUUUUUUAAGCCUAGGACAAUGUUUAACUAUGAGACCGUCCACCGUGGAUUCACCGACUUGUAACACGGCUACAAAGAGCGACCUUGUUGAAAGCUGGAAGAGAGGGUAUAGCAUUCUGGAGGAAUUUAAAAGAAUGUUCAUCCAACAGUAUCUGGCUAGUCUCAGAGAGAGAUACAACAACUCACCCAAGCAGCCUAGAGUGAAAUCUCUUCGAUCACCACAAGUAGGCGACCUCGUACAAGUGAAAUCGGACCUCAAGAACAGGAACCUCUGGAAAGUGGGGAAGAUCCACGAACUGAUCAGAGGAAGCGAUGGCGAAUGUAGAGUAGCGAGGGUCAAGACUGACGAUUCUACUUUAACACGUUCUGUUGGCCAUCUGUACCCGCUGGAGGUGGAGGACGAGACACCUGACAUAGAACCCAUGGCGGCAGAUUCUGUUGAGGUCGAGGAGGUCACCGGAGAGGUGGAGGUUCCAAGGAGUUUGAACCCUACACCUGCACUCGAUGAACAACCCGACAUCGAGAUUGAUUCUACGGGUGACUGUGGAGUAUCCAGUCCUGAUGAAGUCCCACCAUCAGGGGAGCAGCCGGAGGAGAGAGGCGUUGGUCGGAGCAAGCGGAGCGCAGCGAUUCGAGCCAGGGAUAAGAUCCUGGAGUGGACGCGGAGCUUGCUCGCCUUGCUGCAAUAACCUUUUUUCGCUGUCGAGAGUGUCGCGCCGAGCGCGAUGUAAAUUGGUAAGUGGUAUUGAAUAGGUUACUACUUUGUCAUGUGGCAACACGGACAGCUCGAAUGACAGCUCCAAUGGCGGGACGGAAGCACAUUGGCGCCAUUGGAAGAAAAGCAAGGUACGUGCACGUGGCGUGAGACGGCGCGGGGUGUAUGAAAUGAGGAGUACAUGUAGCGCCUCCACGCCGUUACAGGAGCCUGCCCUGAUCUAUACCCAAGUCGGAUUCAGGCAUGUGUGUUACACAACGUCGGGUAUAAA